AACUGCAGGUGAGAUUAGAGAGCAAGAGACGGAAGAGGAAGCGAGACAUCCCACUCCCUCGUUGUUCUGGUUACAUUACAGUCAAUGAACUAGCAGACUAUGCUCAGCUGCUAUCGCAUCGGUGCCUCUCGGGAGAGCCACCCCCUAAAGCAGACCGAAACUAACAAUUUUUUUCCAAUGGUAAACGGCCUUAGUAGGACAUCUUUAUUUAUCCACCAUCUUCGAGACAGCUCGGUUCCAGUUUCCAUAGGCGGCGGUAGACCUAUCCCUCGCGCACCAUAAUCCGUUUUUUGUUGUGAGACGCGGAGGGUAGCGAAGUCAUGGGCAAGCUUCAGGAAUUCGAUAUUACUUUUACCAACAACAAAGUGGUCUACAGCCCUGGCGAAUCCAUAAGUGGAACUGUGAAAAUUACAAGUGGUAGCUCACUGCAAUAUAAGGCCAUUAAGGUGAACUGCCUGGGAUCAUGUGGGGUCUCCAACAAAAUGAACGACACGUCGUGGACACUGGAAGAGCAAUACUUCAGCAGCACACUGUCUGUAGCUGACAAAGGUACCCUGGCAGCUGGCGAGCACAGUUUCCCUUUCCAAUUUGUCAUCCCAGUGGCUGCCCCAACCUCCUUUGAAGGGCCCUUUGGGAAAAUUGUUUACCGUGUGAGAGUCGUCAUAGACACACCGCGCUUCUCCAAGGACUACAAGUCCCAGAAGCCCUUCUACCUACUCAACCUGCUCAACCUCAAUCAAGUGCCCGACAUUGAGCAACCAAGUUAUGCUGUGACCACUAAGAGAUUCAGCUAUCUCCUGGUGAAGACGGGCACCCUCAUGCUGAAGGCUUGCAGUGACCUGAGGGGAUACACACCAGGCCAGAUCAUCAGACUAGCCACUGAGAUCCACAACAAGUCAGGCAAGGACACGGGCUGCGUGCUGGCCAGUCUCAUACAGAAAGUGACUUAUAAGACCAAACGAGCUUUGUAUGACCUGCGGACCAUAGCAGAGGUAGAGGGGGCGGGAGUGAAGGCGGGGAAACACGCUGAGUGGCGAGAGCAGAUCAUCGUACCGCCCCUCCCCCAGUCUGCCCUGGCCGGCUGCAGCCUCAUAGAGAUUGACUACUUCAUCCAGGUAUCACUAAAAUCCCCUGAGACGGUUGUCACUUUACCCAUCUACAUCGGGAACAUCGCUGUCAACUUGACCCCGUCACGAGCUAUGCCUUCAACCCCAGCCCCAACACCCAUCAGCCCUAACACCGGCCUGGAAGGGGUUACCCCCAGCGCACCCCCAGCUGAGGAGGACCUGGAGGAGGAGUUGGGUGCAGGGGGUUCAGUCAGCGAGGAGAUCCCCACUAAGAGCCACUCCCAGCAGGACCAAUCCGGCCAGCCCCCCACCAUGUCCCCCAGUGCAUUUAGCUACGCUCCCGGUGCAGCUUUCCCCCCCAGCCAGCGCCGUGCCGACGACACCUCGGCGCCUCUGUUCUGUGUGUCCACUGGGUCCACCAUCCCUUUCUUCACAGAGGGAAACGUCACCCCAGUACCCACGUCCUGUCCUCUCAUACUCCCCCCUGAGUACAGCACCUGGGACUACCCACAUGAACCCCCUCCCACCUAUGAGGAGAGCUGCAGCAGCAACAACUCCAGCUUCAACAACAGCAGGCCGUAGAGGAGAGGCGACUGAGCAUAAUGCAGCUCAAAACUGCAAUUGCACUCCCUACAGGACAAAUAGGGUACUGCAGCCCUAGCUCCAAGGGGACAGAAAACGCUAACCUCCUAAAUGUUACACAUAAACAGGGCUCUCCAACCCUGUUCCUAGAGCUACCCUCCUGUAGGUUUUCACUCCAACCCUUUUCCUGGAGCUACCGUCCUGUAGGUUUUCACUCCGACCCUGUUCCUGGAGCUAUCCUCCUGUAGGUUUUCACUCCGACCCUGUUCCUGGAGCUACCGUCCUGUAGGUUUUCACUCCGACCCUUUUCCUGGAGCUACCGUCCUGUAGGUUUUCACUCCAACCCUUUUCCUGGAGCUACCGUCCUGUAGGUUUUCACUCCAACCCUGUUGCUGGAGCUACCCUCCUGUAGGUUUUCACUCCGACGCCAGUUGUAACAGACCUGAUUCAGCUUAUCAACCAGCUAAUUAUUAGAAUCAGGUGCGCUAAAAUAGGGUUGGAGUGAAAACCUACAGGACUGUAGCUCUCCAGGAACAGUAUUGGAGUGAAAACCUACAGGACUGUAGCUCUCCAGGAACAGGGUUGGAGAGCCCUGCUCUAAAUAUGUUUAAAAAAGGGAUCAUAUCUGUUGUUUUUUAUGUGUGUCUUAUGAUGGUUUAUACCCUUUUUCUCCAUGACUAAAAUGUCCUGCUAUUUUAUAGAUGGCAUGAGAGAGAACAUGAACUGUGUCUAAUAUUAGCACUUCAGAGUAAACAUAUAGUGGGUAUGAUAUUCUAUGAUUAGAGCCUAUUGGAGGCUAAACAUUUUUGCAUUUGAGAAUAUUCUUGCAUCUAUGAUGCCUUGAAAUUGUUGUAGGCCUGCUACUGUCUCUCCUUCAUCCUUCAGACACAAACAAAAGCUGGCCUUUGUUGUAGUUUCUUUCCAAAUGUGCACACUACUGUAAUUGCGAUCCAUCACUGUCCACUUCCACCACAGUGGCUCCGUCUUUUGAUGGGUGGAGUCGGGCUGGCCUAGCUGGACAUCAGGACCUGAGCAUGCCUACCCCCUGGUGGCCAUCAACGGAAAAGAAUGUUGCCCAUUGUGAAGCUUCUGACCUUCACUAAGGACACUAUUUAAUCUAUAAAGCUGAAGCGUUGCAGAAAUGGAAGGUCAAUUCCCAUUGAGCCGACAUAUGCAGCGUUUAGACAUAUGCAGCGUUUAGACAUAUGCAGCGUUUAGACAUAUGCAGCGUUUAGACAUAUGCAGCGUUUAGACAUAUGCAGCGUUUAGACAUAUGCAGCGUUUAGACAUAUGCAGCGUUUAGACAUAUGCAGCGUUUAGACAUAUGCAGCGUUUAGACAUAUGCAGCGUUUAGACAUAUGCAGCGUUUAGACAUAUGCAGCGUUUAGACAUAUGCAGCGUUUACAGUGAAUGCAGUACCCACUAAAGCAGGAACAUGGCCUUUAAAUUUCAAGCACGCUGUAAAGAUGCAAUGCGGAUUGAAUAGAUCCCUAAAGCACUGGAGCUCAAUGAUGCCUGCUAAGUAGAACAUACUCCCUCAACCUGUGAUCUACUGACCAGGGGCUUCAUAUCUUGUCACACCUCAUCAUCUUGAAACAGACAAGCGGGACAUUGUACUCUUGGGUGUGUAGGGGUAAUUGACAUAGCAAGGAUUGAUAUGCAUUUAUGGUAUCUGAUGUAAACACUUUUACUUUCCUUUUUUUUCUUUUUUUCUUGGAUACAAUUUUUACCCUGAUUUUUCCCAUGUGGCCUUAACUCCUUCUGUUCUACCUACAUUACUAUGUGCUGAUGAAGACGGUUGUCUUCAGGGUUUCGUUGCUUUUGAAAUGGCAGUCAAUGCAGAUAACACGUUUGUUGGUGCGAUAACCAACAGUGUGAAAUGUUCAGGCACAAGACAGCACUUUUUGGCAGUUUGAAACAGUGCAUGUAUAUGUCGUUGUGUGUGAAUGUGUAUGUAGUGUACCAGUUCCUGUAGCCCCUCCUGUCUUUGGCAGUUGAUAACGUUGGACAGCUCAGUUUUACAACUGGACAUCAGGCAAUAUCAUCCACUGUGUGUUUGUAUGAGUGUUGAUUUGUAUGUCUUGUUUCUGUCUCAAUGACAGUCUCCUUUUGUAUGUCUAGGCCAACCACACUGUGGCUUAUAUUUCAUACAAUUCUGUAAUUACAAACUUUAGCACCUGCUGUGGGAAUAAAUGUAUAUAGCCAUCCCUCCUCUAAUGGCAGCCUCGUGCUGUCAAAGCCUUCAUAUACCAGAAAAUCGAUGGCAGAUGAUAUUGUGAAUUGAUCUGCGGUUCAGACCACUGCUCUAAAGGCUCUGAAAGAACCAUAGAAAUCACACCUCUACUGUAUUUACCAUCUUCUCAGAGUUUACUCACGUCACUAACAAAUUACAUCUACUAUUGUGUGAAACAUACGAUUCCCGAAAAUAUGGCCAAGCUGCUAAAUCAAAAUUGGCGAUAUAUUGUCAACAUUUAUGGUCUUAAUUUGAGGUUAGGAUUAGGAAUAAGGUUAGCAGUGUGGUUAAGGUUAGGUUUAAAAUAUUAUUUGAUUUUAAGAAGAGAAGUAGAUCUUCCGGCUUUGCAGCUUGACCAGAAAGUGACAUCCGAAACAUACUGUGUAAUAUGUAAUACAGUCAUUAAACAUCACUAGACAUAAUAUUACACCUUCUACUGUGUGAAACAUACUGUGUAAUGUACAUGCCCACUGAGUUGUUGUUAACCCAAGCCUUAACUACAUGAUCCCAGUUCCCAUUAGUCUGCAUAGUCAUCAUCCUCAUCAUCAUCCAGGUGCUAGAGGUUUGGAAUAGGAUCUCUUUGUCUAGGAAAAUAUUGGGAGUGCUUUUAUGGCCCUCCCUGUUUUAUCUACUGGUCUCCCCUGGACUGAAGAUGCACUGGAUGAAUACUAAAGUAGCUGUGAAACCCGUGAGGAUUUUCCUCAAAUGUAUUUCAGCUCUGCUUGUGGACCUUGGAUCUCCUCUUUUUUAAUCCUAGAAAAAGAACAAGACAAAAAAUGUGCAAUUCUGUUAUCUCCGUGUUUGGUACGGCAGCUUAGUUCUCAAGUCAUUUCAUGCUGCUUUUAUCAAUCCUGCCCCACUGUUUUUAGUUCUCUUCACCAAAGGUACUAUAGCUUUCUAAAUUCCAACAUGUUUUUCAUUGUACAUUCUUUCCCCUCACAAAUGGGUGAGUGGUGUACAUGUGAUUUUGUAUUUUUCUACUUGUGAACAGUUUUCUGGUGCAUAUGGUAGCUAUUUGAGAGAAAAAAAAUAUUAUGGAGAAAAAAAAAUGUAGCACCCUAGUCAAUCAAAAUUGUACAGUGUACCAAUAAAAUGAUAAUCUGACAUAUCCUUUGUACUGGUUUUGCAAAGGAAAAUGGUUUUUUGGGCCCUAUAUUUACCUGUCCCAAAGCACAAAGAUAUUAUGUUAUGAUACUAGUGGUUGGAUGAUAGAGAAUAAAAGGUGCUGUCAAAGGAAA